GUGGUCAAUAAGCAUCUCCAACGCUUCUUGUUUGGGCGUGUUCUAUUUUAUUUACAAUUAAGUGUAGAGCUACUUAGCACGAAGUUGUCAACAGUAUUUACCAAUAUACGGACUAAUAAACAUAGACAAUGAAGAGCCGAAGCUUGGCGGGCAACUGCGGCAUUGGUGUAUUUGUUAUUGCCCUUGUGACAGUGGCAUUGGCAUUCGGCACGCCUAGCUGGCUGGUCAGCGACGAUAGGAUAAGAAGUGCUCGCCUGGACAGACUAGGACUAUGGAGUCACUGCUUCAGAUCGCUUCCAGAUCCUCUAGAUCAGUAUCAAAGACGUUUCUUUGUUGGCUGUCGGUGGGUGUAUGACCCCUUCACCACCGGAUAUGAUAGAAUACGCGGAUAUCUGCUUCCUGGUUUCAUGAUCGCAACUCAGUUCUUCUUUACGCUGUGUCUCAUUGGAGUUCUGAUUUCGACAGUUUUGGUGUUGAUAUUUUUCUUAUGUUGCGGGCCGGAUCAACGUAGAUUUCUAACGUUGAUUAAAACAAUAGGUUACAUUAUGCUUGGUGCAGGUAUAAGCGGCUGCAUUGCAGUAAUAGUAUUUGCAAGCUUAGGGAAUACAGAUGGCUGGAUGCCAGAUCAUCCAAAUAAUUAUCUCGGUUGGUCUUUCGGGUUAGGCGUUGUUGGUUCAGUCGCAUGUAUCGUGACGUCGGCGUUGUUCCUCACGGAAGCAAAUAUACAAGCGAAGAAGAGAAAACGAUUCAGAGAAUCUCAAGCACGAUUUGAAAUGGAUCAAGAGUCCAAGGCGUAAGUGAAUAAUUCUACUGAUGUAUGAGUUAAUUAGGUCAGAAGUCAGUCAGAGCAAUAGAAAAGUUCAUAAUUGACUGCAUGGCACAACGUACCUACAUCAAAUUCUGUUACUGAUGUUAUAUGUUAGAAGCUUUAACCAAUCAUUUUGAAUGUAGAACUUUUACUUGAUAUGUAUAUUAUUAUUUAGGUAUGCAUUUUAAUAACAUUCCAAAAAUCUUUUGGUUUCAUAAUAAAAUGUUUGUCAAUAUAUACUAAAACUUGCGUUAUAAAUAUUUUAUAUAUAAGUAAAAAUACUGUUUAUAUUAUCCAUCUAAUAUUCUGUUUAAAGCUAUAUAAAAUCACUUGAAUAGGUACCUAUAAAGUUGUUAACCUGCUAACUAGGUAUAUGCAUGAAAAUAAUACACACAGUCAAAAUUUGAAAUAAACAUUUUCAAACUAUUGUGUUGUCGAUAAUUAAAUAAAAAUCAGUGCACAACCAAG